CAUCCCAGCAUCCUGACAGGGCUAUAUGUCUGCAAUGAGAUCUCCUCAGCCGGAACUGCAAGGUUUCAAUGGAAUUGCUGUUUGUGAGGCUGUUUUACCUUCCCUGAGUUGUGCUACCACCUGUACUGCCUGCCGGGAACAGGGGUGGGAGCACUGGGAUCACUGCCCAGCACCUGGCACGGGCCAGUGCUGCUGAGGAAGCAGCUGGAGCCGGGGGGUUUGCAUGUGCAUGAGGAGUUUUCUGCAGAAGCUUUAAGACUAAAUUGCUGAGAAUUUUUGCCUGAAGCAAGGGAUGUUUCCCGUAUUUAAGACAAGCAGCAACCUGCAGUCAGAAGGAAGAAGGGACUGAAUUUACUCCAGAAGUAUUUCUCUGGGAUCUUUUUUCAAGGGACCAAGAGAGGAGACUGUGAGAAGAAGGCGAGAUGGUCCCAAGAGGCUCUGCUGUUAGCAUCUGUCGUUUUCCGUGGAACAGGAAUCUGAGUCUUCUCUACGCUGAUUGCUCCUGUGUCCCAUCUGCUACCACACCCUGAAAUCAAACUCGGCAGCUUAGGUGAAUCAGGCACUGUACAAACAUGUCAGACUUGCCUCCACCCCUUUUUCUUCUCCCGCUUUCUCCUGCCGUCUUUCUCUCUCAAGUUUAUCGACGUGUCAGCGGAUUCCGGUGGCGGAGCAUUUUCACUUCAUCUCUGGUCACGGAGCAAUGAGGAGUCAGGGGUAAGCGCCCUCCCGCAGAUUUGGGGAUCAACAUUGAUUUGCUUGCUUGCUUUAAAGCCAGAACAACCGUCCUAAUGGCUGCUGUUUCGUGGGAUUUGUUCCCUGUGUUUACGGAGGACUGGGUUUGUCAGUUCAAACUAAGUCUCCGCUUCCCAGUGGCUGCGCUGCCUCGGCUUAACCCCUUCUCUUCGGAGCCGAGCCGUGCCACUGCCAUGGAUUAGUGUAAUGAUCUCACGUGUGUUGGCAGUGCCCGCCUGGGGUGAAGUGAGACUGGAAUAGUUCGGGGGGUCAUACAAAUUUUUUCUCUCAAGGGAUGCUUCUGGAAGGGAAGAAAAACUGGGAUCUGGAUUCCUUUGGGAAGGAGCUUGCUUCAUCUUUACUCCUAUAGCCCAGCAACACCGUCCUCCAAUCGGCUUUGCUGCAUGACAGUGGGAGAGUUUACCUCCAGACCCUUCUUUCUCCUCUCCCUUGGAACUGUCCACCACCAGCAUUGUUGCAGCAGGACUGCCAGGCAUUAAUGCUUUAAUGUAUUUGGGAACAGAGCACUGAAAAAACAGAAGAGCAAUUUGUGUCUGGCGUCAUGUUCCGUAAGAAGAAGAAGAAACGCCCGGAGAUCUCGGCCCCGCAGAACUUUGAGCACCGUGUCCACACCUCAUUUGACCCAAAGGAGGGCAAAUUUGUGGGCCUGCCACCUCAAUGGCAGAAUAUUCUGGACACGCUGAGGCGCCCCAAGCCAGUGGUAGACCCUUCGAGAAUCACAAGGAUGCAGCUCCAGCCUAUGAAGACUGUGGUGCGGGGCAGCACCGUGGAAGUGGAAGGUUACAUCUCUGGGUUGCUCAAUGACAUCCAGAAGCUUUCUGCCAUCAGCUCGAACACUCUGAGGGGCAGGAGCCCCACCAGCAGGAGAAGAGCCCAGUCCCUUGGGCUCCUGGGAGAUGAGAGACCCCCAGACAUGUACCUUCAGAGUCCUGAAGGAGACUGGGCAGACAAGUAUGGGAACUACCUCAACUGCAAUGGUGGGUCCAAGGUGGCCCGGAGGCAAACCAUGUGGCCAGAUUACAAAUCCCGCCUGGAAGGGCAGUGUCAUCCCAACGGGAUGGUGACAAAAGCCCAGUCCCUGGGUCCGUCGGAGUUCCAGGGCGCCGAUGGCAGCUGCCUGCAGCGCUCCUCUGGGCUGCCGCAGGUGCCCGCCGUGCCGGGGGAGGGCGAGACGGCACUGAAGGGCCCGGAAGAGAGCUGGCUGCAGCGACAGCCCAGCGCCAGACCCUCGGGGGAGGGCAGCCCCAGCUCCAAAUCACGGGAGAACAGCCUGAAGAGGAGGCUCUUGCGCAGCGUGUUCCCCUUGUCCACCGCCUCAAGCAAGCCAGGCCCUCCCCUGCAGAUCAAGCCUAAUGCUUUCUUCAAGUCCCAGCAGUGGGGUUCCCCCCUCAGCCCUGCAGCCAAAGCCCAGUCUCUCCCUCCAGACCAGCCUGCCUCCGAGUUCCCCAGGAUGAUAUCCGAAGCUGGGACCCCCCAGAAGUCCCCAACAGCAGAGAAGGCCGUGGCAGUGCCACCAGGCCGGCCCUCCCCAGCAGGGUCCCCCAGGAACCGGCAGACCCAGACCAGUUCCAGCAACCUCCACCUGCCCCAGGACUCUGCUGGGAAGGGGCAGCCAGCCAGCGAGGACCCUGUGGUUGUGACUCACGAGCAAUUCAAGGCUGCCCUCAGGAUGGUUGUGGACCAGGGAGAUCCCAGGGCAUUGCUGGAGAAUUACAUCAAGAUUGGGGAAGGCUCCACAGGAAUCGUGUGCAUCGCUCGGGAGAAGCACUCGGGGCGCCAGGUGGCCGUGAAAAUGAUGGAUCUGAGGAAGCAGCAGCGCCGGGAGCUCCUCUUCAAUGAGGUGGUGAUAAUGAGGGACUAUCAACACGUCAACGUCGUGGAGAUGUACAAGAGCUACCUUGUGGGAGAGGAGCUCUGGGUGCUGAUGGAGUUCCUGCAGGGAGGAGCCCUCACAGACAUUGUGUCUCAGAUCAGGCUGAACGAGGAGCAGAUUGCCACAGUGUGUGAGUCGGUGCUGCAGGCUCUGUCCUAUCUCCACUCCCAGGGGGUCAUUCACCGAGACAUCAAGAGCGACUCCAUUCUUCUGACGUUGGAUGGCAGGGUCAAACUCUCUGAUUUUGGCUUCUGUGCUCAGAUCAGUAAAGAUGUACCUAAAAGAAAAUCCCUGGUGGGUACUCCUUAUUGGAUGGCUCCAGAAGUCAUUGCAAGGAUACCAUACACUACUGAGGUAGAUAUCUGGUCCCUGGGGAUCAUGGUGAUAGAGAUGGUAGAUGGAGAACCCCCCUACUUCAGUGAUUCUCCAGUCCAGGCAAUGAAGAGACUCCGUGACAGCCCUCCUCCCAAACUGAAAAACUUCCACAGGACCUCCCCAGUUCUGAGAGACUUCUUGGAGAGGAUGUUGACACGGGAUCCACUGGAAAGAGCAACGGCACAAGAACUCCUGGAUCACCCCUUUUUGCUCCAGACAGGACUUCCAGAGUGCUUGGUGCCCCUUAUCCAACAGUACAGGAAGCGCACCUCCACCUGCUGACUUUAUAGGAGGGGAAACUCUAGGGAAAAGGAAUGUUUAUAAAAAAAUAUAUAGAAAAAAAGUAAGAGCCCAGGCAGUCUCGACCUGUGAAUGGUGCUUGGAACUUGCCAGUGAUUGUUUUGGAGGACAAAUGUGAAUCCUGUCCAUACAUCCUCAGCCUUCUGUGGCUUCUCCUUUGCUGAAGACAAUCAAUACAGACUAGACCUGAGUGAGACCAAGCCUGUCUCAAGGAUAAAGCGGGUAUUCCAUGGCUUGUGGAUCACUGCUGCCGAAGGAUGGCAUUCGAAAGUGGAGUGUGAAGUUAUGUUUCUGAAUGUUGUGGGUUUCUGCACACCCAGGCUGCUGACUACUGAGCUGGAACCAUAUUUCCCACUUAGAAAUGUGAUCUUUGUUUUCUUCAUUGUGCACUGGAGCCAUGAGCUGACUCACUUUGGGGCACAGACCCCUUUAAACUCUCAAUGCACAAAGACUUUUUUUUUUUCCUCUGAGACCUUUCCACAGAUUAUUUUAAUUUCCCUUGGUUAAAUAUGGACCUAGAAACCUGCACACACUUCCUUAGGGAGCAGAUGUGAUAUGUAUAUACUUGUUUCUAAGUGGCUCUCUUGCAUCAACAUGCUUCUCUUUUGCUGCAGAAUGUGUAUGGUUUAGUGGUCAAUCUUGAAUCCAUUUCAUGAUUUUAAACUUUUGGAGGGGGAAACCCUUGGAUGAAGACCAGGUGCUCUUACCACCAGGAUCUUAUGGUUAAAAAUUCACCAUUUGCAACACCUUGUGUGCUGGUUGGAAUGCGAACAGCAUGUUCCUAUGGCUUGCUUUUCCAGGCCUUUCUCCCUGGAGAGGCUGAGAAGUGCUGCCCUGGAGCAUUUAUUGGGUAGCAUUUUGGGGAUGCUGUAGGAGACCAAAUGGAAAUAUUUGAGCUAUCCUGCAUAUCCCAGGAUUGAUUUUUGUGUUUGUGUGCUGCUGUCUGGCUAUUGGUCUGCCCUUCCCCAUCAGCCCUUUACAUCUGGAAGGUUUCUGGUUGUUUGAACAGUUCUUUCAGUUAUUUUGACGUAGUUUUAGGUAUUUUGUAUGCUGCACUCUCUGAUCAGUGAGAUCCUCAACAUAAUUGGACUCUAGGUCGGGAUUAACAUUGUACAGUGAUGGUGUGUGUUGUUGUGAGGUCUCAAGAAUAUAUUUGUAGAUGUGGAGCUGGGAUCUUGUUUUGAAACUCCAGAUACCAAGAUUUUGGACUUUUAGUUAUUCUCAGGACAGUCCUGCUGUCUCAGAAACUGACCUCAGAACUGGGUUUUCUUCAGAAGAUGUUCAUAACCUCUGUCCUCUGCUAUUUGCUCCAGCUACAGAUCCUGCUUCAAAAUUGAAGCUGUGGUUGAUUACUUGAAGUAAUUUGGGAUGGAAUUCAUCUGCACUGCUGCCAGCCAUCAAAGGGCAGGCACCCAGUCUGCAGAACGUGUAGGUUGGCUCUGUAGCCCAUGGGGGGAGGAGCACCCCUGGGGGAACAACUCCAGAGGUGGUUCAUCCCCUUGGUUCAGACACCUGCUGAAGGACAAAAUCACUCUCUCUCUCACCCGUGGCAGGUAGAGAGGUCAUAUGGGGUUUCUGUAGACUGGAUGUCUAAGAUUAGGCUGAUGGAGUUGGUUGAAAUUAAUUCAUUAAGCUCCUUCUUAGCUGCACUGGAAAAUUUUUGAUGUAAAAUGUUUCUGUAUUCCAGAUAUAUUGCUUUUUUUUAAUGCAAAAAUAGCAGGGCUUGGAAAAGAUUUAUAAUUUGAAACAAAACAGUCCUGCUCGUCUUUAGUUGUGAAUCCUUUGCACUUGUGUUUUAAAUUAAAGUAGCUCUUGAUUUAUUCAUAA